UCUGUAUAAUCUGUAACUGACAGUUAGAUUUACAGGAUCAGGUUAUGUCGUUGUUUUGUGUUUGAAUUGUGUAACUGACAGUUAGACUUACAGGUUAUGUCGUUGUUUUGUGUUUGAAUUGUUUACGUGUCCGCUGUGCGGGGAAAUGAUAAGACAAGCGGAACUACGUAGCUAAUAACUGUUGUAACGGGGAUUCGUAUUGUAGCAACACACUUUUGGAGGGAAGGCAAUCCUGCGCUGUGUUAGCUAAGUUUUCAUGUCAUUGGGUGUAGUUCAUAAGGUUUGAAACGUAGAUGUUAGGAUGGUAACGUUAUAAUAAUUAAGGAUGAAGCGUGAAUUCAUGCCAGGAAUAAUAAGUGUGAAGUUUGAUUUCCUCCCUUCUGUAAUAAGCAGCCAAUGAGUUCUCACGGAAGGUGAUAAUUCUGACUAAAUCUACAGAAUAAAGCCGCCAGUUAAAAUCAAGGAACGGUUGUGCUCGUGGUUACUGGAGGGAGCUACAUAAUCAAUGCUAUAAUCAAUGAUUCGCAUUACUGUAUAAUGCAGCAAUGUACAAGCAGCGUUUGAUGAUGCUGUGGAGGAGAGGGUGAUAAAUGAGGAGUACAAGAUAUGGAAGAAGAACACACCCUUCCUCUAUGACCUGGUGAUGACCCACGCCCUAGAGUGGCCCAGCCUCACUGCACAGUGGCUGCCUGAUGUCAACAGACCUGAAGGGAAGGAUUUCAGCGUACACAGGUUGGUUCUUGGCACACACACCUCAGAUGAACAGAAUCACCUGGUCAUCGCCAGCGUGCAACUGCCUAAUGACGAUGCUCAGUUUGAUGCCUCUCACUACGACAGUGAGAAAGGUGAGUUUGGAGGCUUUGGCUCAGUCAGUGGUAAGAUAGAGAUUGAAAUCAAGAUCAACCAUGAGGGAGAGGUGAACAGAGCCCGCCACAUGCCCCAGAACCCCUGCAUCAUUGCCACCAAAACCCCAACCAGCGACGUGCUUGUCUUUGACUACACCAAACAUCCCUCCAAACCAGAUCCAUCUGGAGAGUGUACCCCAGAUCUGCGUUUGAGGGGACACCAGAAAGAGGGCUACGGUCUCUCCUGGAACCCCAACCUGAGUGGCUGCCUCCUCAGCGCUUCUGAUGACCAUACUAUCUGUAUGUGGGAUAUCAGUGCCGUUCCUAAGGAGGGAAAGGUUGUAGACGCAAAGACUAUCUUUACUGGACACACAGCUGUAGUGGAGGACGUCUCCUGGCAUCUACUGCAUGAGUCACUCUUUGGAUCUGUAGCUGAUGACCAGAAACUCAUGAUUUGGGACACGCGAUCCAACAACACGUCCAAACCUAGCCAUGCUGUGGACGCCCACACUGCCGAGGUCAACUGUCUGUCCUUCAACCCCUACAGCGAGUUCAUCCUGGCCUCGGGCUCAGCAGACAAGACUGUGGCUCUUUGGGACCUGAGGAACCUGAAACUGAAGCUGCAUUCGUUUGAGUCUCACAAAGAUGAGAUCUUCCAGGUCCAGUGGUCUCCUCAUAAUGAAACCAUCCUGGCCUCCAGUGGCACAGACAGGCGACUCAACGUGUGGGACCUCAGUAAAAUCGGAGAGGAGCAGUCACCAGAGGAUGCUGAGGAUGGUCCACCUGAACUGCUGUUCAUUCACGGCGGUCACACGGCUAAGAUCUCUGACUUCUCAUGGAACCCCAACGAACCCUGGGUCAUCUGCUCUGUGUCCGAGGACAACAUCAUGCAAGUUUGGCAGAUGGCUGAGAACAUCUACAAUGACGAGGACCCAGAGGGAGCAGCAGACACUGAGGUCCAGGCAUGAGUGACAUCUGUCAAUCACACAACACCCCUCCCUUGAUCACAUCCUCAAAACAACCAUAUGUCUUUUUUUUAAAUGCACAAGAGUUGUUCUUUUGCAGUUUUGUAGAGGGAAACAUUAAGUGCUUGUUGUUUCACUAUCAUGGCAUCAAGGUUUUGCAUAUAUUUAUAUAAGAAAGGAUCCUACUGUUUGAUAUGGCGAUAAUGGUAGCUAUGCCAUUCUUUGGUCAAAUUUUUACCAGGGGGACAAGCACCACAGUUGAGUAGGCACCCAAUUAUUUUUUCUUUCAGGUUAAAUUAUGCUCAUAUUCUUAGAAACAUGAGUCAUUUAAACUAAUUUCCACAGUUUCAUUUUAUAAGAAAUUGUACAUAGAUUUAUUUUAUUCCCAUGAUAUCUGAAUCGUAGAUUUCCACAAUCAGCUUUCAAGCUGUAUGUAUAUCAUCCCUAUGUGUCUGUUUUCUUUGUAUGCUGCAUUGGAUUCCCAUGUUUUGUAAGUGUAUUCAUAAUAAAAAUGUAUUUACGGUA